AUGCGCUCUGUCAUAGGCGCCAUAGAGAGCGCGGGGAUACCGGAGGUCGAUUAUGCCAAGCUCCUCGCCCUUUUCGAGGGGAAGCACAGCAAGAUAUUGGUGAGCCGGCACGCGGCAGCCAUCACGCGCGUGUGCAGGGUUCACGAGCGCGGGUUCCCCUUAAGGGACCUACCCCAGCUGUGCAAGCUGUUCAGGUUCGCGUACGAUCAGGUCGCCGCCGGCAAGGCCAAGGAGUUUGAGGAGGCGCUCUGCUCCGUGAUGAGUAACUUUGCCAAGCCGUUUCGCGCGCACAACGCCGCGGACGAGCACCGCUGCGAGAACGACGUCGCCAAGGCGUUCGGCAUGGUCUCCGAGUGUCUAUCGGCCAAGGACAUGCCCACCUCGGUCAGGCUGCUCGCGUCGGAGGCGCUCAGGCUGUUCGCCUCGGCGCACGGCGAGCGACCGAGCGCGUUGGACACGGUCCCGACGCAUUUCGACGGCGGCGGGGAAACCUCAAAUUCGAGGGACGUCCCGGAAUCGAACCCUGGACCCGGAGCCGCGCUCGCGGGUCUGGGCGCCGUCGUCAAGCCGCCGCCGCCGAGGAAGUUUGCCCGGAACCAGGAGCUCUUCCGCCGGGGCGGGUGCGUCCCUCUGGUGCUCUCGGGCCUCGCCACCGCGAACGGCGUGGGCGACGAUCAGCUGCAGCUGGCGGUGGUGCGGGUGCUCCUGGAGGCGAGCUACUCGGCGGAUAACGCGCGGGCGCUGGCGGAGGGUGGGUUGUUCUCGGGCCUGGCGCCGCUGCUGAGAACGGACUUUCGCUCACCCAUCGUGUUCCACGCGUCCGAGCUGAUGUGGAACGUGCUGGAGAGCGUGCGAGACUCCCCCGGGGGCACGUUGGAAACCGCGACCGGGACGGGAUCCAAGGGUUUCUGCGCCGCUUUCAGCCAACUCGUCGCGACGACGCUCCGCGAGGGACACAGAAAAUCGGACAAGGAGCUCAGGAACGACCUGCUCAUCACCGCGCGCAUGCUCGCCGAGGACGGACGCGCCCGCGCGUCGCUGCGGGUCGCCGGUUUGGGGGAGGUCGCGCGACACGUCGCCGUGCACCCGGAGCUGGGUGCCUCGUCGACGAUUGGCUUGAACCGACUCGAAGACGGCGUGGUCCACCCGCUCGCCAACACGACAUCCCAACAGGACUUCGAGAUGAAACGCCUCGCGUGGGAGCUGCUGGCGACGCUCGCGGACGACGAGGCCGGGGUGGCGCUCGCGCGGGGUCAGUUCGUGGCCUGCCUGCUGACCUUUGUGCAGCCGCUGACGGGAGCGUCGGCGAGCGUGGAGGGCGCCGGGUCGCGGUGGACGGGGCAGCAGCUGAGGGACCUGCAGGCGCAGGCGCUUCGCCUCCUCGCCAGGCUGGCGCCGCUCUGCGUCGACGAGCUCACGGCGCAGGGCGCGGGGGAGACGGCCGUGGCCGUGGCCAGCCCGGAUUCCCCCGCGGAUGACGACCAGAGGGCGGCGGCGCUCGAUCUUCUCAUAACCAUGACGCACGCGGACGAGGCCGCCGCGGAGCGUCUGGGCGCGGCGGGCGCGAUGGAGACCGCGCUGCACUGCCUGGAGGGCGCCGACGCGCAUCGCCCCGUCGCGAGGUCGACGACUUUCUCCCUGGACGCCAGCAUGUACGGCGCCGUCGUCACGGCUGAGCCCGGCGACGACACUGGCCUCGACGAGGGUCACCUCGGCGAGCUCGGCGAAUCGAUCAACAAUACUCGCGUCGGGAUCCACCCGGCGACGAGCGAGGAUCCGGUGAAACUCGCCGCCGCGUCGCUCCUCGCGGCGUUGUGCGACGGGUGGGGUGGAAAUCGCAAGAUUCUCCGGCGCGCGGACGGCGUCGCGAUUCUUCGAUCCCACGUCGACGCGGUGACGGCGACGGACAGAGCCGUUCCCAUCGCGCUGAGCGCCGCGGUGAUCUACGCCACGUGGCGGUGCCUCGUGCCCUGCACCAAGAACUGCGCGCACUUCGUCGCCGGCGGGGGACUGGCGCAGCUGCUCAACCUUCUGCUGGCGUGCACUCCCACGCUCAGGCCGGUUGUGGUGUCGACGCUGGCGGACAUCUUGGAGAAUCCCAAGACGCAUCUCUUUUUCCACGAGUGGAGGUCGACGGGGGGGCGGCACGCGCUCGUUCCCGCGGGCGGUCAGGGCAUCACCCUGAUGCUCAACCUGUGGCGCGCGGAGGAGGGGAAGAUGGGCACGACGCGUCGCGACGGCACUCUGGUCAACCCCGAGAAUCCGCUCCGCGGCUCCGCGGAGUACGUCAAGCCCGACGACGGCGGCCUCGUGACCACCUACUCCACGCUCACCAUCGAACGAUCAGCGACGGAGGAGGCCGCGGCGAAGGCGGCGAAGCGCGACGCCGAUCACAUGAUGAGCAGGGUGUUCGCGGUGUGCUCGCUGCUGGGCUUUGACAAUCUCCGCGCGUACUGCUCCCCGGCGGAUGCAUUGACUUUGACGAUUGUGGAGAGGUACGUCGACUUUAGGGAAGGGGAGAUGUGGGAGGAGACGGAGGAGAUGUUUCGGGAGGAGGGCAUGCGACCGGUGGCGGCGGACAGGCAGCACAUGGAGGCGUCCAUCGCCGAAGCCAGGGAGAGCGCGCUCGAGCUCCGGGACGUGCAGCGGGAGAUGCUGGCGGCGGAGGAGGAGAAGGCUAGGCGGCUGGAGGCGGAGUUUUACGAGCAGAUGCGGAUGCAGAAGGAGCGCGAGGAGGCGCACAGGUGGUACAGGCGGGACAUGUCGAAGCUGACGAUGAAGGAGAGGCUCACCGCGAGGCUGGCCAAGGCGGACAUCAUCGACGGGUCUUUUCGCGGGCACAGCUCGCAGUUCCUCACCGUGCACAGCCGAGACCUGGACGUCACCGGCGGUUCGGAGGAACAUCACGCGAGGACGCUGGAGCCGAUGACCGUACGUCUAGAGCCCGCGUGA